AUGGAGGUACCCAGAAGUCUUCCUCUUCUGCUUAUUCUGCUGAGCCAUGCUGCCUGCCAUCCUGUCCCCAAGACAGAGAGAAGCUUUAACAAGUUGCUCGUGAUUUCCUUCGACGGGUUUCGCUGGAACUAUGAUCAGGAUGUUGACACACCUAACAUGGAUCGCCUUGUAAAGGAAGGAGUGAAGGCCAAGUAUCUCACGCCACCAUUUGUCACCAUGACGUCUCCAUCCCAUUUCACCACCAUCACUGGUCGGUGGAUUGAAGAUCAUGGAGUCAUUCACAACAUGAUGUUUAACACAGAAACACUGUGGAAGUACUCCUUCAAAGACACCCAGAGAAAGUCGGAGUGGUGGGACAAUGGUGUGCUGCCUCUCUGGAUCACAGCCCAGAGGCAGGGAAGGAAAACUGCUUCGUUCCACUUUCCAGGGGGAGGUGCAAACUACAGUGGGGAGGCUGUGCACAGAUCUCUUUUGGAGUCCUUUUCCCAUCCUGAUGAUAAUGAGACUGAAUGGAGGGAAAAUAUUGACAUUGUCAUGAACUGGUUCACCAAGGAGAAUUUUGAUUUUGUAACCCUUUACUAUGGGGAACCUGACAACGUUGGACAUAUGAAAGGCCCUGAAACAGAAAACAGAAGAAUUAUUAUUCAGCAAAUUGAUAGGACUGUUGGUUACCUAGUAGAAGCCAUUGAAAAGAAUGGCUUAAAGGACAACCUCAAUGUCAUUAUUACAUCAGAUCAUGGAAUGACCACAGUGAAGAAGAAGCCUAAUGUCACAGAGAUCUUGCUGUCAAACUUCAUUAAAUUCAAAGAUUUGGUAAAAUUUGAUAUACUGGAUUACGGUGGUUUUGGUAUGAUUCUUCCUAAGCCAGGGAAAGAGGAAGACAUUUACAAUGCAUUAAAAAAUGCACAUCCUCACUUAAAGGUAUAUAAGAAAGAUGAGUUUCCAGAGCAUUUCCAUUUUGCCAAACACAGCCGAAUUCUACCCAUUUUGCUUUAUGGUGAUCCUGGCUAUAGUGUUAAUGGGCGGUUCAUAUUAUAUGUCAACAAAGGAGAUCAUGGUUUUGAUAAUGCAGAUAUGGACAUGAAAACGAUUUUCAGAGCAUUUGGACCUGAUUUCAAGAAGAAUCAUCUGGCAGAGCCUUUUGACAGCAUUCACAUUUACCCACUGAUGUGUAAACUCCUGGGAGUGACACCAGAACCUCACAACGGGUCUCUGACAGUUACACAGGACAUGCUUGUGGAUACUUUCAAUCAGGAUUCAGAUUUGGUAACAGGAGAUGAAACUUGGAGGACAAGUGCUUUUCAAAAAGCUGCCAUUGGCUUGGCUGUGGUGACAGGGGUACUUGCCAUCUUGUUUGUCUCUGCCGUAGGGUAUACGGCUGUUAGUCGAAAAAAGAGGCAAAGAAAUGAAAAGCAACAAAGCAACAAAGAUUUAUCUCUGACACAGUUAUAA